AUGACUCUAGAGUUGGCUGAUGGUAUACUUGGGUGGUGUGCGGUGGCAUUGUGCCUGAUUUGGCUUGUUCCAACGUACAUCAUAUAUCAAAGAUACUUUCAUCCGUUGGCAAAGUUUCCCGGAGAAUUUUCCGCCAGCAUUACGGACUUUAAAAAGGCUUCUUACUUUUGGUCAUUGAGCAUAGACAAAAAGAUCCUCAGCUUGCAUGAGAAAUACGGCCCCGUGGUGCGCAUUGCGCCGAAUGAGCUCAGCUUUUGGGACCCAGAAGCCCUAUCAACCAUUUUUAAAUCUGGCGGACGAGCUAUGGUGAAAAGUUCAUUUUUUGAUGGCUUUACAACUUUCGACCCUAAUUUAUUUGGGAACCGUAAUGAAGAAGUUCACGCGCUGCGCAGGCGACAGAUGGCACAUAGCUUCUCAACAGCUUCCCUCAUAAGUAUGGAGGAGAUUUUCGACCGACAUGUUAUGCAAAUGAGGGAUAAACUAGACCGCUACGCGGAGUCUGGAGAAAAGGUUAACCUCAAAAAGAUCAUAGCCUUCUACGCCUACGAUGUACUAGGCUGUCUGUACGGCUCGCUACCCUCCUUGCUUCCCUACUCUAUGAAACUGUCCGGCUUUCUUCCGAUACCCUGGCUGCAGACUCUUAAUCGGAGCCGGCAAAGUAUUCGCGACACACUCAUGAAAGCCAAAGAUCCUGAGACAGGAAAAGAGCUUACGGUUCCCAUACUACUUCGGGUUGUAGAGGAGAUGAGGCGAAAACUCCCUUUGCUCGAACAAGGUGCAUAUCCUUACACAGGAUUGGAGGCCAAACUACCCUACAUGACAGCCUGCGUGCGAGAGAAUUUUCGGCACACGCCUGUAUUUACUAUGCCGCUUACGCGACAAGUUAUGUCUCAGAGUGGGACAGUAAUUGCCGGCACAGAAGUUCCAGCGGGUACCAACGUUUCAAUCACCAACCACGCUCUACAUCAUAACCCCAGCAUUUGGGGGCCAGACUGCGAUGAAUACAAGCCAUCUCGAUGGCUUAGAGAGGGAUAUGCAAAAGAGAAUCUCAAAUACUUAAUGCCUUUCGGUGCUGGCCAUCGGAUGUGCAUAGGUCGCAAUAUUGCAAUGGCGAAUAUCUUGAAAGUGGUUAGUGUUGUAUUGAGGAACUAUGAGUUGGAAGCGGUGGAUAAAGAUGAAACCCUGAAAAUUGUGACAGUUGGGAUAGGAGAGAAGGAAGGUCCCUUGUGGUGUCGUAUCAAGAAAAUGAGUUGCUGA